UAUUUAGUUGUAAGAAAUUACAAUUUUUCCAAAUUCGUGAAUAUGUGUCAAUUUAUUGUGAUUAUUUUUAUGUGUUGGAAACAUAAAUUGAAACUAUUUCUAUAAUGUCUACUAGUAGUUUCAUGAAACGUUCUUGCCGCCGUUCUAAUGAUAUGGAUGAAGACAACGAUGAUAAAGAUGACACAAAACGAAAGUCUCGUAAUUUGAGUGAGAAAAAACGUCGGGAUCAAUUCAACAUGUUGGUCAAUGAGCUGAGCUCUAUGGUGUCGACAGGUAGUCGUAAAAUGGAUAAAUCCACCGUACUAAAAUCAACUAUAGCUUUUCUUAAAAAUCACAAUGAAAUUGCUGUAAGAUCGAGGGCUCAUGAAAUUCAAGAAGAUUGGAAACCCGCAUUUUUAUCAAAUGAAGAAUUUACUCAUUUAAUAUUAGAAGCAUUAGAUGGUUUUAUGAUGGUAUUUUCAUCAUCAGGACAAAUCUUUUACGCAUCUGAAAGUGUCACUUCAUUGCUAGGAUAUUUACCGAAUGACUUGUUAAACAUGACAAUAUAUGAUAUGGUUUAUGAAGAAGAACAAAGUACAUUGUAUGCAGCGUUACUAGGACCUGCAGGCCCAGAUAGUCAAGUAUCAUUCUCGUGCCAUUUAAGGCGUGGUGGACCUCCAUCUGAAUCACCAUCUUACGAAUUAAUUCAUUUCGUUGGCUAUUUUCGAUCUGAUAUAGAAACUCCUAUUGCUGAUAAUAAUAGAUUUAGUGGUUUUUCCGGAGAAUUAGAUUCAAGGCUGGUUUUUGUUGGAACUGGACGAUUACAAGUACCACAAUUAAUUCGAGAAAUGAGUGUCGUGGAUUCAAGUAAAAGUGAAUUUACUUCACGGCAUAGUUUAGAAUGGAAAUUUUUAUUUUUAGACCACAGAGCACCUCCAAUUAUUGGUUAUUUACCAUUUGAAGUACUUGGAACGUCUGGUUAUGAUUAUUAUCAUGUAGACGAUUUAGACGAUGUAGUUUCUUGCCAUGAAUCUUUGAUGCAAAAAGGUGAAGGUACUUCUUGUUAUUAUCGGUUUCUAACAAAAGGACAACAAUGGAUUUGGCUUCAAACACGUUUUUACAUCACAUAUCAUCAAUGGAAUUCCAAACCGGAGUUCAUUGUUUGUACACAUCGAGUUGUUAGUUAUGCGGAUGUAAUGAAACAAGAUAGAAAAAAUUCGGCUAGUUUAGGCACAGAUAUGUUAUGUGUUUCGCCCGGUGCUACAACUGUUGGAAGUAACAAUGCACCUUCGCCUUGGCCAUCACAGUCACAAUCAUCUAAAAUGAACCGAUCUCAUCGAUCUCAAGCACCUCCGUCAGAUUGUUCGUCAAUGUCAGCUGAUUCGCCAGCAUCUAGACAAACUAUUAUGACUCAUCAUUCCUCGCAAUCACACGUCACACGAAAUUCAAUUCGAAAUCAUAUUCAAGUAUCAAAUUCAGUACCAAUACAUCAAACGCCACAACAAAAUCAUCAACAAUCUGUGCAACAACAGCAUAAUAUCCAAGCGCAACCCACCUCAACACUGCAAUUUGUUGAACAACCACAAUUUGUUGCAGCGAUUCCAGUUCAACCAGUUUUAGCAACGUUUACAGCACCUAUGGUGUCACCAUUACAAAUUCCAACGUCUGUUUCAGCGGAUAGUAGUAUUGUAUUGACUAAUCCUACUAGUCAACAACAAGUACAAGCGCAAUUGCAACGAAAACAUGCUGAAUUACAAGCACUUAUUGGACAACAACAAGCUGAAUUGAGAAGGGUGUCGGAACAAUUAGUAAUGGCACGAUUAGGAAUUUUACCCAGUAAUGCCAGCCAACAACAGCCGUCAGCUACAUCUGCUUUGGUAACUGUACCCUACGUUUGUUCUGGUGGUGUAAGUAGUACAACAAAUACGAUACAAUGUUCAAACCCCGGAAUGGCAAAUGUACAAAUACCAGUAUCAGCAUUGGAUUCUAGUUUAGUAGCACCACUAUCGAGCGCACCAAUGGAUGAUACUACAGCAUUUUCAUUAACGCAACAACAAGCUCAAAUGUUGUUUGCGUCACCAAAUCCAAAUAUAUCUCAACAUAAUAAAAAAAAUGAAAACAGAACAGUAAAAAGAAAACGUUGAGAUGGCCAAGCAGAUUGACCAAGAUGUUUGAACACAUCUGAUAUAUUUACUGUAUUUUUACAUUAUAAAUUAGAUUUGUUUAAAAAAAUUAUUGAUGAUUGAUUUUCAACGUGAUUUUUUACGCUGUGUACUGCCAAAGAAAAAUAUUUUCAUCAAAAAUGAUUUAAAAAU